UUACACCACACCGCAAGUGGAGCCACUGCAACCUCGUGUCCGAUAACCUCAUUGCCGGGUCGUUCGAGAAUAUUCCUCCAGUUUCAUUCUUCACAAACUCUAAUUUGUGAAAACCUUCCACAUUCGUCACCUAUCUACUACAAACCAUCAAAAAAUGUCUGGAGCAGCCAAAAGAUUGAUUCCUCUCUUCGACAGGAUCCUCAUCAGGAAAAACGAAUUGGUCACAAAAACCAAAGGGGGCAUUGUAAUUCCGGAAAAGGCAGCCGAAAAAGUCCUACAAGGUACCGUGGUUGCUGUAGGGCAAGGUACAAGGCUGCAAAAUGGUUCGUUUGCUGCUCCUCAAGUUAAAGAGGGCGAUAAAGUUCUCCUUCCUGAGUACGGCGGUACUAAAGUCAACGUAGAGGAUAACGUGGAGUACCACAUAUUCAGAGAAUCAGACAUUUUAGCCAAAGUCGAAUAAAUGAGAGACUGUUCGUUUUAUAUUGUAAAAUAAGUCGCAUUUCCUUGUUAAAUUUACGCCCGAACGAUGUAGUAGCUACUAAUUUUCUGAUCUGAUUGUUUUACAUCGUUCCGGGCGUUCCGAGGAAAUAUUUCAACAGGUUCUUCAUUACGUUAAUGUUGAAAGUAUUUCCUACGAUUUAAUUGUAGUAAGAGUAUGUACUGUUUUCAUUUUGUUACAAAUAUAUUUCUAUAAAAGCA